AUGGCUACAAUGGAUACUCUGAUACUGAACGCUGGGCACUCACAACUUGAAGAACAACUUAAAAUUGCGGCUGUAGCCUGUGAGGUCAACGAACAGAGCGUUAAUGUCGAAAAUGUUAAAGUGGACGAUGGUAACGGUGAUCUGAGCAUGGAGGACGUUCAAGAAGGUUUUAGACAUUUACAUGACAAUUCAAUGACAUCAUCGUCAUCAGAUCAUGACAGCUCAGCGGAAUCUCCACCUUUAUCGAAACAACGUUUACUUGGCGAUGAAUUUGUAAAAACUUUAGAGGAAAUAUCAAAACAGGUUAGAGAUAACAGUCUUAUGGAAUACUGA